ACAAUGGCGGAGGGGGAGGCCGGGAGGAGAAGUCCCCUUUACCGGAGCGCCUCCUUCAAGCGCCUGGAGAGGUGGAUCGGGCCGGGGGGCCAGGAGGGAGGAGGCGGCCCCUGGGGGGAGCAGCAGCGCCCGGGCGCCCAGCCGUGCCAGGGUCAGCCUCCACGCACCAGGGCGCAGCAGCAGCACUGCCCGCCGCCGACGCCGGAGCCCAUCGGGCGGCGGUCGCCCAGCCGCGCCGCUUCCUUCAGCGUCUCCCGCAACGUUGCCAAGCUCUCCUCCGCCUCCUCUGCUGCCGGGCCGGAUCCGGCGCCGCCGCCGCCUGGGGGCCGGGCCCUGCGGAGCCUCUCGCCGUCGGUGCGCCAACUUUCCCAGCGCUUCUGCGCGCCCCGCGGGGGAGCCGACGGCGAGCCGCCCGGCGAAGCAACCCGCGGGAGAGCCACCUGUGCCGACGGCUCCAAGAAGGACCCGCCAGCUCCGUCCACCGAUGAGCCCGCCGCCGCGCCGCCGCCUCCGCCGCGGGGCAAAGGGCUGAGCGAGCCCCCGAAAGCCGGAGAGGCGGCGCUCGACUGGCCCAGCGUCACCGAGAUGCGCAAACUUUUCGGCGAGAGUUUUCGACGGCACCAACAGCAGCAGGCGGCGGCGGGCGCCCAAGGCGAUCCCCAAGAGGAAGGGGCGGGACUGCGCGGCCUCCACGACCACGCGGGCGAAGCCAGGGAGCUGGGAUCGGGGCCUCCGGAGACCACUCCGCACCUGCAAGGCAGCAUGGACGGCGGCGGCCACCUCCUGCCUGACCGGACGGGGCCCGGACGGGGCGAGGAAGGCAGGCCCUCCUUCCACGAGGAGCGCAGGGAGACCCCGCCGCCGCCACCUCCCCGCAGCUGCAUCCCCUUUAGGACCCACCGCCUGCCCGGGGGCGCCCCCAGAGCCGAGGCUGAGAGGCGGCAGCCCCAACUGUGGGAUAGUUUACAUUCCUGGCAUAGUUCUCCUAAGCCGCAAGCUGCCCCCGGCUCGCUGCCUCCUUCCUCUUCGCCCGCCAUGGGCGGCAGCGGCAGGCCAGGAGAGAUCGCCUGCAGCCAGGAGCAGCUGAAGCCCAGGCCAGUGGGGCCCCAGGCAGCAGCUUCCUCUCCCUUCGGUGGGAGCCACAACUGGCACAGAUCUCCGGAGAGGUCUUCGGGGAGCGAAGAGGAGGGGGAGAACCACCACCCCCUGUCAGCCCCCAGGAAGCGCUCCCUCCGGGAGAAGGAGGAGGGCCCGGUGUUCCUGGGGCAGGCCUCGGACAGCGAUGGGCUAGCGGGCAUGGAGUGGUAUCUUAAAGCCCAGGAGGACCUUGCCCAGUGCUUCUGCCUCCCUGCUGGCGAAAGGACUAGGCCAGCUCUGGAAGCUGAUGUGCCUGGCGGUGUUGAGGUGCUGAAGCCUGUUGCCCGAGGCCUCUCCGAAGGCGGUGCCACCCAGCCUGGCGCCCAUGGGCCCCUCUCUUCAGGAUCUCCCCUCCCUCUAGUCUCUCGAGUCGCCAAGGUAAACAUACCCCCUUUUGUGCCCAGCCCUUGUGGCUCCAGAAGCAGCAGCAGAUAUUCGAGCACGGAGACGCUGAAAGAAGAGGAGCACUUUGGCGUCCUCUGGCCCGGCCAAGGCAGGAACUUCCAGGGGGCUCCGGGUGUGUUCCGGUCGCCAAGUUUGAACCAAAGCGACAGCCUCGCCAGGUUGCAGUCUCAGAUCCGGGCUCGCCCAAAGCUUCCCUUGGGCAUCGUCGGAGCGAAACAGGACCCCCCUCUGUACGAGAGCCUGCAUGGUUGUGGCCCAGAAGCAACGGAGAAGUCUAAGCACAGGAAGUCCAUGUCCAGUCCUGACAUUGCCACAGAGACUCUGGCCCUCCUCAGCUUCCUAAAAACAGACCUCUCGGAGCUAAAGGCAAGGAAGAGAGGCAGCAAGGGGAACGAUCUAGAAGAGGCGGCCCUUGCUGGUGGUGGUGGUGGAGGUGGUGGUGUCAGCAGCAGCAGGUGCGAAAGUUAUCCCCAUGGCAUAGCUGGGCAUCAGCUGGGGGGCAGAACCCUUAGCGAGGCUCAGCCGCCCAACCGGUGGGCCCCUGGCAGCCGCCCGACUCUGAAAGACCUCACGGCGACCCUGAGGCGAGCCAAAUCUUUCACCUAUUCAGAUAAACCGGCGCCCCGUAGACUCUUUUUCCAGAACACCAUGAAGCAGAGCUCUUCUGAGCUUCUCCUUACCACCACCAGAGACCAUGAGGGCAUGGUUUCUGAUGACGAGAUUGACCGAGGUGGGGAGGGUGGUGGGUUGCCGGUUGUCAUCCAAGACCAAUACAUUCAGGAAGCCAGGCAGGUCUUUGAGAAGAUAAGUAAGAUUGGCUCCCAACAUGAUUAUAACUUUGGCUUGGAUCAAAAGGAUACCAGAAGGGUGAAGGGUGACGGAGCGGAUGUAGAAGCUUUGAAGGAAGGAGCCCUGGAGGACAGCUGUGGACAGUGCUUGGAGAAAGCCAAUUCUGAAAGAAACCUCUCCUGUGGAAAAUCCUUAGAAGAACUCUCAGGUCCUGAAUCCAGUACGAUGGAUGAAGGCAUCGUAACUGAGCCAGAAACAGGUCCUGCCUACAGCUAUCUCAGCCCAUCCGUUGCAGCAUGGAAGUCGGCAAACCAAAGAGGAAGUGAAGCCGCCCCACCAGAGGUGAAUGAGAUGCUCCUUCCAAACCAUACAACUAAAAUGAGUAAUGAGAAGGCAGCUGUUGCCGAGGUAGCCCUUCCCAAUAACCAGAUGGUACCUCAAGGGUUGUUGGAGGUGCCUUCAACACCCGGUGCUCUUCGACGGCGAAGGAAGUUUCCGUCAGUGGGAACCAGUGGCUCCGAGCCCAGCAACGGAAGCAACGGAGAGUCCGGUGGAGAAACUUACAGAUCCUUGAGCGAUCCCAUACCGCACAGAAAGUCCUCCCUCACAGACGACUCGAAUAACUUUUCUGUUGAUAGCAACCUCCUGGGGUCAUUGAAUUCAAAGUGUGGUAUCCCGGAGUCCUCAGCCGUAGCCCUCUCUGAGUGUACAGGAAGUGCCGCCAGUGACCUGUCCGUCUGCAGCGAUGGCGUCAAGGAUUACAGCACCGUGAUCCAGAACAUAGUCAGCCAGCCUGGCGCCAUGGACAAAGUGAUCGAUGAGAAGGGAAACGGCAAGACAAUCAAGAAGAAGUCCUUCAGUGACCCCAGCCGCCGGGGUGAGCUAGCCAGCACCGGCUUCGAUGGCCCCGGAGAACCCAUCAAUGAGAUGGACCAGAGCAUCCCUCCGUCCAGCAGUGAACCCAUCCUCUCGGAACAGAGAGGUCAGGUGAGGGAGCCGGAAGUGGGGAAGCGGUACUCUCAGUCCGAGCACAUCCUGCUUCCGCCUCCAGAGGACAUGGCUGAUGUGGCUCAGAACUAUGGCUUCAAUCCCAAGCUGGCCGAAGUCCUGUCCCCCAGGAUAGUCCGCCGAAGCUCCAAGAAGCGCAACAACAGGGUAGGCACCCAGGAGAACAGAAAAGAAGAGGCUGCCCCAUCCUCCAUGCUGUCUGCCACUCUCAGUAGAGCAAGGCCGGCCUCCAAACACGUGCGCCACACCAGUGAGCCUGCCACCUUCAUCCCCAUCUCAGACACUAACCUGCCUACUUCAUUGAAUCAGAAUGUCCACGUUGCCACACCAGACGUCUCUCGCCUGCUCACAAAACCUUACCCUGUUCUCCAAGCUCCAACUGUGGAGGAUGUUACCAAGCACUACAUGUUGACCCGCAAUUCGGGGGACCCAUCCUCCACCAGCAGUGUGGAUACGCCCAGAUCUUCACCUGCCACACCAACAGCAUCAGAGCCGAAGCUGCCCAGGUGUCCAAAGCAUCAUGAGGAUCCAAGCAGCAGCAGGAGCAAGCCGCAAGUGGAUAUGAGGAAACAUGUCAUCAUGACCCUCCUGGAUACUGAGCAGUCGUAUGUGGAAUCGCUCCGGACGCUGAUGCAGGGUUACAUGAAGCCCCUGAAACUUCCUGAAAAUUCCAUCCUCUGUGACCCUUCCCUGGUGGACGAGAUCUUCGAUCAGAUCCCCGAGCUGCUGGAACACCACGAGGAGUUCCUGGAGCAGAUCACAGAGUGUGUGCAGAACUGGCACGAGAAGCAGAAAGUUGGCGACAUCCUGGCACAGUCGUUUUCCAAAGACAUCCUAGUGAAUAUUUACUCUGCCUACAUUGAUAACUUUCUCAAUGCCAAAGAUGCUGUGAGGAUCGCCAAGGAAGCCCGACCAGCGUUUAUGAAGUUUCUGGAGCAAAGCAUGAGAGAAAACAAAGAAAAACAAGCGCUUUCAGACCUCAUGAUCAAGCCAGUGCAGCGGAUUCCACGCUAUGAGCUUCUGGUCAAAGACCUUCUGAAACACACACCAGAGGAGCAUCCUGAUCACCCGUUCUUGAUGGAAGCUCAGAGGAACAUCAAGCAAGUGGCUGAGCGGAUCAACAAAGGGAUGAAGAGUGCCGAGGAGGUGGAGAGGAAUGCCCGGAUAGUGCAAGAGAUUGAAUUGCAUAUAGAGGGAAUGGAGGAUCUCCAGGCCCCACUGCGGAGGUUCUUGCGCCAAGAGAUGGUGGUGGAAGUGAAGGCCAUGGGUGGGAAGAAGGACCGCUCCCUUUUCCUCUUCACAGACCUGCUAGUUUGCACCACUCUGAAACGCAAGUCGGGGUCUCUGCGGCGAAGUUCCAUGAGUCUUUACACAGCAGCCAGCGUCAUAGACACAGCCAGCAAGUACAAAUUGCUCUGGAAAUUGCCCCUGGAAGAUGUGGACAUUGUGAAAGGGGCUUCUCAGUCCACCAACCGUGAGAGCAUUCAGAAGGCCAUCUCUCGCCUGGAUGAAGACCUCAGCACCCUUGGCCAAGUGAGCAAGCUUUCAGAGACCCUCAACUUCCCCCAUCAGAGCCUUGAUGAUGUCAUCAAGGACCUCAUGGCCGCCGUCCAUCGCGAACUGGCGGAGAAGCAGUCGCUGUCCUUCAGCAUGGCCUUUCCACCCAACAAAAUGGAGCUCACCACCACCAAAGCCGAUGGCACAGAGUCCUAUAUCUUUGAGUUUCCUAACCCGGAUGCAUGCCACAGCUUUGAGCAAGCCUUUGAGGACACCAAGAAGAAACUAGCUUCCAACAGAAAUUGCUUGGAUCCUGAGUUCCUGAAGGCGAUUCCCAUCAUGAAAACAAGGAGUGGAAUGCAAUUCUCCUGCGCCUCUCCCAGCCGCAGCAAUCCAGAGAACUCCUUCGAGGUCUGGGUGUGUAACAGCGAUGGCUACGUCGGGCAGGUCUGCCUCCUCAGCGUCAGGAAGGAGCCCAUCGUCGAGGCCUGCAUUGCUGUCUGCUCCGCCAGGAUCCUCUGCAUCGCCUCGGUGCCAGGCCUCAAAAGAACAUACAGGGAGCGUCCUGAGUCUCUGGCCAGCCCUUCCUCAGAACCGGUUCACACAACACUGGAAGAGUCUGGACCUCAGCAGUGCUUGCAUAUCUCUAUUUCUGGGUCCUCCCUGGAGCUGUCAGACCCAAUGGACAGUGCCAAUCGAGAACUGGUCCCCUUUGACAGCGAUGACACUGAUGAUGAGUCUUCACCAAGUCCUUCUGGCACCCUCCAGAGUCAAGCCAGCCAUUCCACCAUCUCCUCCAGCUUUGGAAAUGAGGAAAUCCCAAGCUCUAAAGAUGCAGCGGCUGAAACAACCAGCUCAGAAGAAGAGCAGGAUCCUGCUGGCUUCCUUCCCAUUGCCACCACCUUUGCCCAGAACAGAGAGAGCCCCAUGGAUGGGAGGGCAAUGAGGCGAUCGAGUCGAGGGUCAUAUACCAGAGGCAGCCUGGAGGAUCUGCUGAGCGUCGACCCUGAGGCCUAUCAGAGUUCCAUGUGGCUAGGGACGGAGGAUGGCUGCAUCCAUGUCUAUCAAUCCUCGGACAACAUCCGCAACAGGAAGAAUAGCAUGAAGAUGCAACAUUCAGCCUCUGUGACGUGCAUUUUGUAUCUUGAUAACCAGGUGUUUGUAUCGCUGGCCAAUGGAGAGCUUGUUGCCUACCAGAGAGAAGCAGGACGUUUUUGGGACUCUCAGAACUCCAAAUCCCUCUCUCUGGGAUCUCCAGGCAGCCCCGUAACUAAAAUGGUAGCUGUGAGUGGGAAACUCUGGUGUGGAUGCCAGAACCGAGUCAUCGUCCUCAACACAUCCUCACUGCAGCAGGAGCACACGUUUCAUGCCGGGCAGGACAGCAACCGCAGCGUCACCUGCAUGGAGGGGUCCACUGUGGGGGUCUGGGUCACCCUCCAGGGCAGCGCCCAGGUGAGGCUUUACCACCCUGCCAGCUACGAUCAGCUGGCCGAAGUGGAUGUCACCUCUCCAGUCCACAAGAUGUUGGCAGGGUCAGAUGCCAUAAUCCGCCAGCACAAGGCCGCUUGCUUGCGGAUCACCGCCCUCUUGGCGUGCAAGGACCUGCUGUGGAUCGGCACCAGCGCGGGAGUGGUGCUGACGCUCUCCGUGACAGCCAACACCGCCUCCUUGAAGACCCCGCCUUUGCCCGUGGGCCUUUCGCAGGGACACACAGGCCACGUCCGGUUCCUCACGUCCAUCGAACUGCCGGAAGGGUUUGACAUCCUCUUUCCCUUGCCCAGGGAUCCAGGUACAGAAAAGUCCAGUGACUUGGAGAAACGAGACUCCACAAGGCACAGGUCUUCAAAGUCCAAGAUCCUUGUUAUUAGUGGCGGAGAUGGCUACGAGGACUUCAGACUCACCAACAGCAGUGAGACAGUGGGACGGGAUGAUAGCACAAACCAUCUGCUCCUCUGGAGGGUCUGAUGAGGAUCAGAACAGGGACAGCCCCUCCUGGAGAGAGAUUCAGUCCUGUCCUUGCCGUUCACGCACGAACGUGUCCCGCUGGUAGCCGUGUCUUAUCUCCCAUCUUGAAUGUCUCGUGCACAUAAUCGCCUUCUGGAUCUGCUGCACGGAGGGAGCAACACCUUGAGACGGACUGUGUGCAGUCCGCAUCACUCCCACCCCUGGCGUCCCCUCCAGAACGCAAAUCCAUAUUGCACAACCUGGGCUUGCUGCUGUGUUUGAGUAUGAGGGCAGGCGUGCGUGCAUGAAAGAGAGAGAGUGACUGGAGGAGAGCGUGGGUGGGCAAUCCUUGUAGCCCUGGCCCAUCAGAAGGUUCCAAGACAGGGAGAGGACACUAGGAAUUCAGCCCUGCUUAGGAAAGGAUUGUCUGCUAUGUGUGGGUGUAUGUCUUGCUUGGUUAGAAACUCCCAGCUCAAUCAAGGAGUCAUUAGAUGUCGUCUUGUCUCCAUUUUCAUCUGCUGAGGCUUCAAUCCAGAAGCCGAGUUGUAUUGAUGAUGCCUGGACAACCUCCACAGUAAUCCACUCCCACCAUGGGUUGGAACUUAACCACCUCUCCUCCCCUUUGGUCCAUUCUCCCUUUCCUCCACUGGAUAGUCCGCUCAACAUCACACCAUUAUAUUCUAUCCACUUAGUGGGCAUGUGGCAACCCCCUUCACAAGAACCUACUGUCCCACACCAAUGUUAGCACAUCCACUCCCUUGUCGCUAGCAUACAGAUAACUUGGGGGGGGGUUGUGUGUGUGUGUCUUUUUAAAAAUAUAUAUGUAUGUAUAAAUAAUCUUUAUUUAUUGUUGGCUGGGGUGAGGAGGUCUUCCAGAAGGAGAAGCAAGAUGACGCUGUUUCCAAGCAUUUGCCAAAGAGCUAGGGGGUGGAGAAGGGUUGCGACCCCCUGUCACAACCAGAGACACCCCAACAAGAGGGCUCUGUUGCAAUGACUGCAGGGCUGUUCCUGCAUAUGAAUGUUAGAAGAUACUCUUUAUGUCGGCUGCAUCAUCUUGCAAGGCUGAUGACAGUCACUGUCCAAGAUGGUGGCUGGAGCGUGUGUGUCUGAAGUGCUGAGGGGCAAAGAAGAGAGGUUGGGGUGGAGAAAACUUGUACUUAGGGGGAGGGGUGGCAGAGGCAAAAGACAAGAAUCUAGACAGGAUAAUUGUGCAAUAUGGAGCACAAUUUCCCCCAAAUCCUGCUUGUGUUGGGAGGCCCUGCCACGAAGGCCAAGACCUCUGUGCUCAUCCGUUACCAGGGCAACACUACUCCAUGUUGUCAGAAGGAGCCGGGGUUGGCCGGGGUUUGGAUUACCCUCUUCUUCUACUUUGUACAGUAUUUAUGUUUGUUUGUAUUUUUAAACCAGCUACCAUUUAUGGAGGGAGGCAGCGAGUUGGACUAUUUGCAGCACAUAAUCUGUAUAUACAUUUUUUUUUUUUAAAGAAUUCCAAGCUUGGGCUGUUGAAACAAAAAUGAAACAGUUGGAAGAGCUGUUUGAGUGUGUAAUCGUCUGGUGUGAGAGGGACAAAUUGGCCCCAGGAGAGAUCAAAAGGUCUUCACAAGGAGAAGGCAUAACCGUGAAUGAAGUCAGAGCACCAUUAGUAUAAAAAUGUAUAGUUUAUGGAUGGGAGGAAGGUUGCCUUUUGACUGGUGGACCACUGGACAUUUUCUGAAUACUGGUUGCUUCAAACCUCAGGAGGGAAGAGCACUAUUGGACUCAGGUCCUACUUGCGGGCUUCCCAUUGGGGCAUUGUGGUUGGCCACUGUGAGAGCAAGACGCUGGGCUAGGCAUGAUCCAUCAAGGAUGUUCUGAGGAACCAUUUAACAUCCAUCAGCUGUUGGGGUUCCUACAAAGAUUGCUGGUUGAGGGGAACCAUUGUCUAAUUCAGCAAAAGAUUUCUUAAACUACCCAAUCCUAUGCCUGUUUAUUCAGACGUAUACCCUAAUGACUAUCAGUGGUGCCCACUCCCAGGUAAGCAUGCGUGGGAUUGCAGCCGUUGUGCUCUUAGGCAAGAGUUCUUACUCAGGAUCCCUUAACACAGCUUGCGAACUCCUUAAGCCGGCCUUUGUCAGACUUCAUCUGGCGGGACUGAAGGGAGUUGUAGUUCAAAACAACUGGAGGGCAUUAGGUUGGCAAACGCUGCCAUAAAUGUUGGGUGUUCCUGAGUGUAUAGGCACCUCUUGCUUUGUGAAUUUAAAAUUAAUUAGGGGGAACCACAGGGAUUCCACGAACCAAAUAAAUUGGCCAUGUAUGAUGGAAGCCAGCCCUUCUCUGGACUCGCAGAGCCAAGAGUGGGGGUCAAAAGAGUACCUACUAUGAGGUAUCUCACAUCUCCAGUUACUGUAUCCAAAUCCCCCCAAAACAGGAAUGCACUUGGCACCUCAGACCAAGAGGAAGGACCCCAAAUAUGUAUUGGCUGAAGUUUGUUUAGAUUCUAAAGUUAUAAAAUUUCGCCCGGACUUUAAAUUCUGUAAAUUCAUCAGAUAUUAAAUCCUUCCAACCUAUCCUGCCACUUAAUUUUUUUUUUAAAGUUACAUUUAAAGACUGAGUUUCAUAAUCCAUAUUUCAGGCCAGAACUCGAAUUUUGGAGCCAAAAUGUAAAGGUUUGACACUCAGUUUUGAAACGGGAUUUGAUGUGUGUCUUUUUGAACUUACCAGUGCAACCUUUUGGGGAGGGUGCAGUUUGCCUGCAGUGGACUAUGCAAUCAGUGCCGAGAUCCCUUUCAGAAAUAUGUCAUGAACGGCUCAUUUUAUUUGUAUAUCUUGGCAGAAUGUAAUUCCCCUCAUAUGAGGAUUGCUUUGUCAGUUGUACUUGAUGCACAUAUUGUACAAUGUUCUUAUUCAGAAACUGUUUCCAUGAAGUGUAAACAAAAAGCCCGUAUUAACCCUUGUGGUCUACACCCUUAUUCUCAAUACUUUAAUUCUGCGAUCCCCAUUUUCAGACAUAUCUUUGAAACCACGAUCAAAAUUUUGUGGAAUAGGGAUUCUACUUGGAAUCUACAGGUCACCGAGGGGCCUGGCCCUGAACUAGAUACUAACAGUUGUUUGGAUUCCAAAAAUGGAAACUGGAGGAUUUGAAUGCGUUCAUCAUGACUUUUCCAUCUAUAAAAUGCAGCACAGGCAGGUUUAAAUUCCUUCUUUAUGUUUGAUUGUAGCCAAAACAUAUAUGUAGAGUAGUGGCAAGCAGAAAGUCGUGGUUCAAACUCGCCACUUGCAUGAACUCGCUAGUUUGCCGUAGGAAGUAAUCACUGCCUCUUCACCUUGGGAGAUAAACAAACUGGCCUGCCUUACAGGGUUGUUGUAAUGAUUACAACAAAACAGGGUAUAUAUGAAAUGCUUUGAAUGCGCCGUAUACUAGUGUCAAGUAGCUUUGUGUGAAUGCAAUGGAGGAUGUGCAUAAACUGUCCACAGGAAGGGCGGAUUUUGCCUGUUGCAUGGUCUUCAUAGAAUCAUAGAAUAGAGUCAGGAGGGGCCUAUAAGGCCAUCAAGUCCAACCCUCUGCUCAGUGCAGGAAUCCAAAUCAAAGCAUUUCUGACAGAUGGUCUUCAAGUGAUGUUGGAGAAUGUGUACAACUGAACAAUGUUGGUCACACAGUAUGUGAACAUUGGCAGGUCAGUGUUAUCUUCCACUUGAAGACUAUGCAGAUUGCCUAGGUGGUGGGCAAAAUGCAUGCGGAGGCCUUGCAUGUUCCCCAGGCAGUGCAGGAAACAUCUCUGAUCCAUUCACACUCUCCAUCUUCUAUUGCUGAUUACCCAUAUUGGCUGUGCGAAAUCUCCCACUGACACUAUGUUUUCACGUGAAUGUGCACAAUCACCUGUGUCUGUGCACAUUUACAAGUCGACUCACAUUCACCUCAGCAGGUGCACCAGUAUGUGGGUUUUAGGUGAUUCCUCCUAAUCUCCGGUAUUGAGCCUGACUUUAAAUUGCAAUAUGACAUCAGCUUCUUCAGUUCAAUCAGCAGCUACUUUUGCAGGACUGAGAAUCCCCGAUCGUGGGAGGCAGCACAAGGAGAGCCAAUGUGGUGCCCUCCAGAUGUUGUUGGACUACAGGUUUUUCAAUCUUCCAAUUGUCUGCCCCAAAGGACCACCUUUAUUUUCAUGCCCUUCUGCCCCUCCUCUGCCACCAGAAAAAGGGCCCUUGUGUAUUAGAGCUUGAUUUCUACAGAGGUGCCAGGGCAGAUUUCUUCAGCCUUCCUGGGAAGCGUCAUCCUCCCAUGCUCUUUAAUCCUGGGCACGAGAGAUUAUGCUAUGGUUGCUCAAUGGUAAGCACUUUGUCCAUGUUCAGAGACAUUUGUCUCCAAUUAUUCACAUAGUCCAAGACUUGGCUGUGGUGUAUAGAUUCCUGGGCUGAAGCGCAACACAAAAUGAAGCCCUGAGUGGGUCCCACGAUGUGAACAUUUGAAUACGUGAAAUGUGGUUCCAGCAUCAUCACCAAACAUAGCAACUGAUGUAAUGAUGGAAGCACUUCUGAAAAAAUCCACCCCAUGGUCUGUACGCUUGUUGCAUGAAUAACACCUAAGCAAAUUACUUCGGAGCAGACGAGGGUGAUGGCUAGCAAGUUUCUCUUGUGGUGACCACAUCCCUUCCCCCCCCCAGCUGCCACACCCCAUCCCAAAGUUUGACUGUCUCUUUCCUGUGGCUUUAUUGACCUCCUUAACCGCUGAAGACUUAUUGUAAAUACUGGUAUAUAUCGCCUCCUCUGUACAUAACACACUUGAGUCUUGGGAUUGUCCAUAUGAAUUUAAUGGCAUAUUUUUAUAGACUUGUUUUAAGUUUUCAUGGGCACGAGCGAAGGUGCCAAACACAAUUUUAAGUUAUGAUAACUACUAAGUGUUACAUUAAAGUUGAGAAACAAAACAGGGAAGAACAAACAAAAAAUUCCUUGUCAAACUAUUACCAGCUCCAGUGAAAUGUUACGAUUAUUAAUCCUGGGGUUUUAUUUUAUUUUCCUUUUCAUCACUGUGGGUUCUUUGUCAUUAAAGGUCACUGGUGUCAGAACCCAGCCUUGGCGUGU